GAUGCUCUGAGGGUUUUGCACUUCACCCAUUUAAUAAGUGUUGAAUGAUACCUCAUUGUUGUCCUGUUUGUAAUUUCCUAAUGACAUUUGAUGUGAAGCAUGUUUUUAUAUUGCUCUUUUGCUGUCUAUAUAUCUUCUUCAGUGAGCUGUCUGUUAGAUCUUUUGCCCGAUUUUCUAAUUGGGUUGUUAUUCUUUGGCUGUUGAGUUUUAAGAGUUCUUUGGAUAUUUCUGAUACCAUUCAUUUAUCUGAUGAGCGUUUUACAAAGAAUAUCUCUUACUCUGUAAAUUAUGUUUUUAUUCUCUUAACGCUGUCUUUCUGAGAGCAGGAGGUUUUAAUUUUAAUGAAGUAAAAUUUUUGUUUUGGUUUUUUUUUUGGUAGACCCUGGGUUUCGGUUUUGUAUCUACAAAUUCAUCUUGCAACCUGAAGUCAUCUAGAUUUUCUCUGUUAUCUUCUAGGAGUUUAUUCCUUUGGCAUUUUACAUUUAGAUCUGUGACAUGUUUUGACUUAGUUUUUGUGAAAGGUGUAUGGCCUAUGUCUACACGCAUUGUGUGCGUGUUUGCAUGUGGAUAUCCAUUUUCCCACUUCUAUUUGUUUAAAAAAUUUCUUUUUCAUCUGCUUUGCUUUUCCUUCUUUAUCAAAGAUCACUUGAGUAUAUUUGUGUGGGUCUGUAAGGAAAGCAUUGACUCACAUAUCCUUCAGCCUUGCUGUACUUUUUUAUUAAUUCUAGGAGUUGUUUCUCUUGUUGUGAAUUCUUUUAGAUGUUUCACCAAGACAAUCAUCCCAUAUGGAAAAAAAUGAUAUGAAUUUAGCAACGGAUUCAUAAAGGUCUUCCAUCUCAAGAAGUGGAAGUUCUGCUCUAUUACUAGUUUGUCAUAAAUGAAUGUUGGAUUUUAUCAAAUCCUUUUUGAUUUUCAUUUCCCCCUCCUUUCCUUUUUUGUAGUAGUAAUAUCUGUCCUCCCUCUUUUCUUUGUUAUCUUGACUAGAUGUUUAUCAAUUUUAUUAGUCUUGUCUAAGAACCAGGUUUAUUUGUUUUAAUUUGCUCCAUUGAUUUCCCACAAUGACAUUGAUUCCUUUUUAAUUUUGGUUAUUUCAUUUAUUGUGCUUACUUUGGACUUUGCUUGCUCUUUUUUGUAUUGCUUCUUAAGGUAGAUGCUUAUAUCAAUGACUGUAGAUCUCUGGUUUUUCCAGUAUAUUUGUUCACUGGCAUAAAUUUCCCUCUAGGCACUGCUUUUGCUGCAUCCAAGUAUCUUUUGUAUGUUGUAAUUUCAUUUCAUUUCAUUAAGUUCAAAAUAAGUUUUCAAUUUUCUUGAGACUUUUUUCAUCUUACAUAUUACUUAGAAAUGUAUUGUUGAAUCUCCACAUACUUGCGGGUUUCCAACUAUCUUGUUAUUGACCUCCAUAUGAAUGCCUAGGUGGCGUGAGAGCAUAUUUUCUAUGAUUUCUGUUCUUUGAAAUUUGUUAAGAUGUCCCUUUUUUCCCCAGAGGUUGUUGAAUUCUCCAGCUGUUGAACUAGAUUCAUCUAUUUCUGCUUGCAUUCUGUCAGCUCCUGUCUUAUGUAUUUUAGCCCUCUGUCAUACACAUACACAUGAAGGAUGGCUGUGCCUGCUUGGAGAACAGACUUCUUCAUCAGACUCAGUGGUCAUUGAGGACGUGGCUGUGAACUUCACCCCAGAGGAGUGGCCUUUACUGGAUCCUUCACAGAAGAAACUCUACAGAGAUGUGAUGUGGGAAACCUUCUGGAACUUGGUCUCAGUAGGAAAAACGUGGGAAGAUCAUGAUGUUGAAGAUCAGUACAGUAACUAAGUGAGAAAACAAAGAAAGUGUAUGAUACUGAAACUCUGUGAAAAUGAAGAGGGCAGUCAAUGUGGAGAAAACCUCAGCAAUAUUCCAAAUCUUGAUCUGAAGAAGAAAACUACUGUAGCGAUACCGUAUAAAUAUAGUCCAUGUGGAAAAGUCUUCAUGCAUCAUUCAUCCAUGAAAUGCUGCAUUAGCUGUCUUACUGAAUGCAAACCAUAUGACUAUCAAGAAUAUGGAGAAAAGCCAUAUAAAUGUAAGGAAUGUGGGAAAGCUUUCACUUUUCCCAGUGUUCCUCGAAGGCAUGAAAGAACUCAUACUGGAGAGAAACCCUAUGAAUGUGAAGAAUGUGGGAAAGCCUUUACUGCUCGCAUCAACCUUCGAUCACACAUGAUCUUUCACACUGAAGAUGGAGCUUAUAAAUGUAAGGAAUGUAAGAAAGUAUUUGUUUCUCCUAGUGCAUUCCAAAUACAUGAAAGGAGUCACACUGGAGAGAAACCCUAUGAAUGUAAAAAUUGUGGUCAAGCAUUCAGACAUCCCAGAACUCUUCGAAUGCGUGAAAGACAACUCAGUGGAAAGAAACCCUAUAACUGCAAGGAAUGUGGGAAAAGCUUUAUUGCUCUCAGAAACCUUCGAGUACACAUGAUCACUCACAGUGGAGAUAGACAUUAUAAAUGUAGGGAAUGUGGAAAAGUUUUCAUUCAUCCCAGUUCAUUUCAGAUACAUGAAAGCAGCCACACUGGAGAGAAACCCUAUGGAUGUAGAGAAUGUGGGAAAGCCUUCCCUUUGCACACUAAGUUAAAAAAACACAAAAGAAUUCACACAAGAGGGACACCCUUUGGAUGUGACAAAUGUGAUAAUGCUUUUAUUUCUCUUCGAGUUUUCCAAAUACAUGAAAGGAUUCAAACUAGAGAGAAACUCUAUGAAUGUAUAAAAUGCAGUAAAGUAUUCUGUUUUCCCAGUUCUCUUUGAGGGCAUGAAAGACCUCAUACUGGAGAGAAACCCUAUGAAUGUAAGGAA